AUGCCUUCAAGGUGGCUAAGCCUGGUGGCAGCGAUAUGGCUGCAGUCGAUCAGCGGGACCAACACCAACUUCCCGGCGUACUCCUCUCACCUGAAGCAGGUGAUGUCAAUCUCCCAGGUUCAGCUCAGUAACCUGGCCUUUGCCAACGAUGCUGGCAAGCUCUUCGGGUGGCUCUCUGGGAUCGCUGCCCUCUAUCUGCCCCUCUGGGUGGUCCUCCUCAUGGGCGCCUUUCUCGGCUUGCUCAGUUAUGGCUUGCAGUACCUCUUCCUCUCUGGCCAGAUCCCCACGGCCGAGCUAUCCUACCCGCUUAUCUUCUUCCUCACUGUGUUGGCUGGCAACAGCAUCUGCUGGCUUAACACGGUGUGCUACAUAGUCAUCAUCGGCUGCUUCCCUUCCAGAAGCCGACAGGUAGCUGUUGGGAUAUCCACAAGCUACCAGGGCCUCAGUGCCAAUAUUUUCACCGACAUAGUCGAUGUGGUAGCACCAGCACGAACAUCUGCAGCAUCCCCUCAGAUGCCUUCACCCAUGGCGGGAAGAAGAGCCAACACCUACCUCCUCCUUAACUCCAUCCUGCCAGCCAUUGUCUCAGCAGUGACUGCACCCUUUGUUAAGAACAAGAUAGCUAGGUGUGAAGGUGCCAGUGGACUAUUUAGGGUGUUGUUUGCAAUAACGAUAGCCACCGGAAUCUUUGGGGUGAUUAGUAGCCUGGGAACAAUCUCGACCGGAAUAUCACCAGUGUACGAUGUCGUUGGAAUGGGGUUGUUAUUGCUGGCCCCACUCAUAAUUCCGCUGACAGCGACCAUCAAAGGGUCAUGGCUAGGCCGUGGGGAGAGUGCACUAGUUAUCAUGAACGAAGGUGACGGUCAGGUGCAGAGGAAGCAGCUGGCCGCUGGUGGGUUAGCGCCAGCAGCUCACGAUCAAGCAGUACUUGAGUCAGGAUAUGGUGAUCACUCUGGGAAUAUCAGCACCGCUAGGGAGGAUGUCGGGGUGAAAUUGAUGCUGAGAAGGAUGGAUUUUUGGCUAUAUUUCUUCAUGUAUUUGCUCGGUGCGACUCUUGGACUGGUGUACGUCAAUAACUUGGGACAGAUUACAGAAUCCAGGGGUUCGUCCAGAACAUCUUCCCUCGUAUCGUUAUCUUCUGCUUUCAGCUUCUUCGGCCGCCUCCUGCCUUCUCUCCUCGAUUACCUCUUCUACAGACCGGCAUGCGUGGUCGCAUUGAUGGCCCCGAUGACAGGGUCCUUUUUCCUGCUGCUCAACCCUAGCAAUCUAUGCCUCUACAUCAGCACUGCAGUAAUUGGCGUUUGCACCGGAGCCAUCACGUCCAUCUCUGUAUCAUUAACCACUGAGCUAUUCGGGAAGAAGAAUUUUGGCGUAAACCACAAUGUUCUGGUAGCAAACAUCCCGAUAGGGUCAUUUGUGUUUGGCUACUUAGCAGCUGUUCUGUAUCGUCGGGAAGGGAAUGGAGAUGGGAAAUGCAUCGGAAUGGAAUGCUAUCGCAAUACCUUCAUCAUCUGGGGAAGCCUUUGCUUCCUCGGUACAAACCUGGCUUUGUUACUAUACGCUCGCUCACGUAGCUUCUACUCCCAAAGAUCAACCGGACAGCAACAGUAA